GAUCGCUACAUAAGCAGGCUGGAGACAGCCUCAGUCACAGACACAGGGAGUGUUUUCUGCAGCAGUACAGACAAUCUUAGCCACAAACAGGGGAGCUUUGCUGCAGCAGUACCGACAGUCUUAGCCACAGACAGAGGUAGCGUUUUGCUGCAGUGUUCAAACAUAGCUUCCAUUUCAGCACACAGACGGAAUCUCUCAUCUCUCUCUCUCUCUCUCUCUCUGCGCUUGUUCGCUUGCGUGUUCUCCCUCUGCUGGUAGAUGCAGUGAUCGCCAGCACUGGACAUAGGCAGCUCCUGGUCCCUUAUCGGAGAGGAGAGUAGCGUAGCACAGCUUAGCGCGGCGUAGCACAGCGUAGCAAAGCACCGUUCAGCACAGCAAAAGCUGCCCCUGGGACACAGUGAACCAUGGUACAGAAGGAGAAGUGUAUCUAUCAGGCACAGAAGAAUGAGAGGGAGUGUAUCCGACAGAAACUGGCUCUGGGGACAUUCUUUGACGAAGGACCAGGGCUCUACACCAACUACAGCCCCAGCGCCAAGCCAACAGUGUCGUCACGGCAGCAGAACGGGCCGAACCUGCAGAUCUGCUUUGUGAACGACAGCGGCAGCGAUAAGGACAGUGAUGUUGAGGACAGCAGGACAGAGACCAGCCUGGACACGCCCCUGUCCCCCAUGUCGUGUAUGGACGUGCUCCACGCGCACACCAAGCAGAGCUCCCCCUGCCCGGACCGGGACGCCGGCGAGGACCACGCGGGGUCCCCGGAGGACUCGGACUUCCUGAGCCGCCAGAGGAAGCUGCAGGCGGAGGCCAAGAUGGCGCUGGCGAUGGCCAAGCCCAUGGCCCGGAUGCAGGUGGAGGUGGAGAGGCAGACCCGCAGGAAGUCCCCCGUAGCCGACCUGUUGCCCCACCUGCCCCACAUCAGUGAGUGUCUGAUGAAGAGGAGUAUAAGGCCCAUUGACCUGCGGGACAUGAGCUUCGGUCAGCUACAGGUCAUCGUCAACGACCUGCACUCACAGAUAGAGAGUCUGAACGAGGAGCUGGUGGAGAUGUUGGUGGUGAGGGACGAGCUCCAGGUGGAACAGGACGCGAUGCUGGUGGACAUUGAGGACCUGACCAGACAUGCAGAAAGCCAACAGAGACACGUGACAGAGAAGAUGGUCUCCAAAUAAACGCCCCGUCCCCGUCUCCCUGUCUCCCCGGCCCCCUGGCCCCCCCCGGCCCCCCCGUAGCUGCACCCUGGUGGUCCGGUCCGUGCAGAAGAACAGUCCGACUUCACCAGUUUCACCAUCACCGAAGGAGGCACCCUUUUCCGGAAGAGGAAAACUCAGAGGCUAGUCCCAGUACGCCGCACUUGAGCACUUGAACCCUUGAGCACUUGAACACUUGGGCACUUGGCCACUUGGCGGGUGCUUAGCAGAAGUGCGCAAAGCGUGUCCCAGUUUGAAGGGUGCAGUGUGCCAGACUGGUAUUUGGUGAAGUACGCACCGCCCCGCGAGUGUUGAUGGCGGGAGAUUCCACUGAACAAAUAUCAGCGCAAGAACGAUGUCUGCAGAGAUGCAAAUGUCCUAACUCGUCGUACCUUACUCAUUCGAAGUGACAGCCCCGGGAACUAACUAAUGCGAUCGCGGAAUGCAUGGGCUUGUGAAGCCAGGUCGGUUCCUUUUGUUGAUCUGGCGGCGCCGUGAGGCUAUUGCUAAUGUGAAUAUGAGGUUAGCAAGUUCAGUCAGUGUGUCUGUAGUUUGCAAGCCCACAUCAAUCGUUGCACAACUACAGUAUUACUGGCUAUUAAUAGCGCUGUCAUGCCAGUUAUGUGAAAUCGGGACAGUGGAACAUAAAGUGUGACCUGAUUGUCUUCAAUAUCCCCCACGCACGCCAUGUGCAGAUUUUAGGACCCACAUCACAAUGUGUCACCAAGUUGCGUAAAGCGUACUUAGCCAAGGGCAGAGAAACAGACGGCCCCGAAAUAGGAGAUUGUCGAGUGCACUCGAUAUGUCACAUGAGUUCUGUGUUUUACUGUCGCAUGACUAAUGAGAACUUGGGCCAUGCCACAGAUUCCUUACAGCAACCAGAUGGUCAGGACCUCCUUUCUUUCCCUAAUCUCUACCACUGGGAGAAAAUAAAAACCAGGGCUGCAUUUGGAUUGGAGGGACAGAUUCGAUGAUCCGUGCUCAGCCAUAUCUCUAGAUGCAUCCAAGGGAAACAAAACAUUUCAUUACAUUAAUGGCAUUUGGCUGAAGCUCUUAUCCAGAGCAAUGUACAGUUGAUUAGACUAAGUAGGCGACAAAGCAUUACUCCUCCCCUGGAGUAAUGCAGGGUUUAAGGGCCUUGCUCAAGGGUCCAACGGCUGUGCAGAUUGUGGCUACACCAGGGAUCCAACCACCGACCUUGCGGGUCCCAGUUGUGUACCUUAACCACUACACUACAACCUGCUGGCAUUGGACAUGACCAGUCAAGAAUUUUAAUAGGAUGCAUGAUGAUUUGAUUUUAGUGGCAGAGAUACUAAAUUUUAGUUGGCAAAGAGGGCCAUAUCCAUUUCUGGAUUUCAGACCAACUUCUGGCCUUAAUUACAUAAUUAGCCUUUUAUGCCAUCUGACAUUUUAACUACAGUACAUUUCUUGAUGAAUGACAGACUGUCCCCGGUUUUCCUGUGAUCUAAUCUUUGAGUGAACCAGUGUUGGUGCAUUCAGCCCAUUAGUUCAUUUAGCCAGGGUAACUGGUGGAAACAAAAACCUGCAUACACACCGGCCCUCCAGGACCGGAAUCGCCCAUCCCUGGACUAAACUAUUCACUUAAAAUACAGUGCAGCUGACCAUCUGGUUUGUCUUUAGAAUCUGUGGCAAUGGCUCUUUUGCUGCUACAGCACCUUACAGUUUGUAUCAUUUUACUUUGCAUCUUUACGUGGAUGACGGAUGUAAUCUUUGAUACUGUCCUCUACUGGAUGGAGAGUGAAUUAUCUGGUUUUUCAUAGUGUCUGGGUUUUUUUUUUUUUUUACAUUCACCACUAAAUUAGGUCACUUAAAUUAACAAAUUGGCUGUAACCUAAAGUGAGAGAUUAUCCAGAGAAGGAAAGAUAACUGCAAAUGAAAAACUAAACAAAACUAAUUUGGGCCGUGUUUCUAGUCUCUUAAUUCUGCGGUAGUGUAGUUAGCGGUAGUUUUCAUGAAACAGAAACGAAAAGUUUUAUUGGAAAGUGUGGGCGGUGUGGUGAGGAGUGUGGCACCAGGACGUACUCAGCGUCAUUGGGCUUUGACCUUUUGUGAAAGGUUGGUUGUUCUGGCCCAGGACUCGUUUUAUGUGAACGUGUGUUAAUGUCUUUACACUUAUGUCUUCAAAAACAAACAGCAAAGUUUUAUGUACAGAAAUAAUGUAAAGUUAUUAAUAAAACAAUACUAUUUCAUAUA